AGUUGUGACAGCCGGUUCGCGUAAUCACACUGCACAUUUUUCAGAAUCGAGCAUAAUCAGUUGAUUUGGUGAUUAUUAUAAAAUUUCAAUGAAUUUAUUUUCGUAGUUAUUUUUACGUAAAUAAUGUUACGGCUUGUAUGCAGAAACCGGGAUGGUAUACAAGUAUUAUCUGAUAUACUUCCCAUCUUACACCGAUCGUUCAGUUCUACGCUUGAGACACCGGAUAUUGAUGUACCUCUUAGUACUGGUCGUGUAGUUCGCAUAUCCUCGGGUAAAUAUGCCCGUUUCGCAGAUGGUUGCUCCGUUGUCACCAUCGGCGAUACAGCUGUGAUGGUAACGGCUGUGUCCCGAGCCAAAUCAACUAGCUCAAACAGUUCGUUUCUGCCGUUAGUUGUUGACUACCGUCAGAAGGCAGCAGCUGCCGGUAGAAUUCCCACAAAUUUUCUACGUCGAGAGUUAGGGCCAUCGGAGAAAGAGAUUUUGGCAGCUCGUUUGGUGGACCGGUCUGUAAGACCCUUGUUCCCAAUAGAGUUUAGAAGCGAUACUCAACUGGUGUGUAACAUGUUGGCCAUUGAUUCUAGUAACCUACCGGAUGUUCAAGCCAUUAAUGCCGCAUCGGCUGCGCUGAGUCUUAGCGAUAUUCCUUGGAAUGGGCCGAUUGGGGCAGUCCGAGUUGGGCUGGUUGACAACGAGGUAAUUAUCAAUCCUACCAGGAAGGAAUUACAACUUUCCUCACUGGAUUUGGUAGUGACUGCGACGAAACAUAAUUUGGUCGUGAUGUUGGAAGGUCGAGGCAAUAUUGUGAAUGAAAAUGAGCUCAGAAUGGCGAUUAAAAAGGCUACCAAAGAAACUCAGCUGAUUAUCAAUGGGAUUGAGCGGCUUCAGAAGUCAUUUGGAAAAGCGAAAAAAACAAUGGAACCUUUGCCGCAGGCGGAACAGGAAAUCGAGACGGCCGUUAGGACUAUGUCCGAGAUGCGAUUGCGUGAAAUUUUUAAUGAUUUCUCGCAUGAUAAAUUCAGCCGAGAUAAUGCGGUAACCAAUACCAGAAUUGAUACGAUCGACAAGGUGUGGUCCAGUUAUCCCAGCUCAGAUCCGGCGUUGAUUACCGAGUGUUUCAAUCGGUUCUGUAAGAUCGUUUUUCGAGAAAUGGUGUUCGAAGAGAAUCGAAGAUGUGAUGGGCGGAAUCUGGAUGAUUUGAGAAAAAUAUCGUGUUCCGUGAACCUACAUAAGCCAUUACAUGGGUCAGCACUUUUCCAGCGUGGUCAAACUCAGGUGUUUGCAACAGUUGCUUUAGAUUCGCCGGAAAGUGCUCUCAAGCUGGAUCCAAUUACCUCGUUAGAUACGGGUGUGAAAUCGAAAAACUUUUUCCUGCACUAUGAGUUUCCACCGUAUGCAACCGGUGAAACUGGUAAGAUUGGACCGGUAGGUCGGCGGGAAAUCGGUCAUGGAGCCCUUGCCGAGAAAGGUCUUCUACCCAUUAUUCCAAACGAUCAUCCUUUCACGAUUCGACUUACCUCAGAGGUGCUGGAAUCGAACGGGUCUAGUUCGAUGGCGACGGUUUGUGCAGGAUCGAUGGCUCUAAUGGACGCUGGCAUUCCCGUGCAUGAAGCUGCCGCUGGUGUAGCAAUUGGGUUAAUGACAAAGUAUGAAAACGAUGAUACUAAACAUUUGCACGAUUAUCGAAUAUUAACGGAUCUGUUGGGAAUCGAGGAUUACAUGGGUGAUAUGGACAUGAAGGUUGCUGGUACUCGGAAAGGAAUGACGGCGAUUCAAGCUGAUAUUAAAAUUCCUGGAAUACCACUGAAGGUUGUUAUGGAAUCACUCCAGAAAGCGAUGGAAGCCCGUUUCAAAAUUCUAGACCUAAUGGAAAACACCAUCGGAAUGGCUAGAACGAUACGAAAAGACUGUUGGCCUGUGACGGAUCGGUUGCAAAUUGAACCACAUCAGCGUUCCAAACUUGUCGGUCCAGGUGGAGUCAACCUCCGUCGGCUCUAUCUGGAAACGGGCGUUCAACUGACACAAGAGGAUGAAAACAAUUUCCGGAUAUUUGCACCAUCGGAGGCGGCCAUGCAUGAAGCAAAAGAAUACCUCGAGAACUUGAUGAAGGUGGAUAGAGUGCCGGACCUUGAAUUUGGGUCGAUUUAUACUGCCAAAAUAGUGGAAUUGUUAGAUACCGGAGUUAUGGUGAAAUUAUAUCCGUCAAUGCCUCCGGCUUUACUGCACAAUUCGCAGUUGGAUCAGCGCAAGAUCGCCCAUCCAUCCGUUCUGGGUUUCGAAGUUGGUACGGAAAUACAAGUCAAAUAUUUCGGCCGGGAUCCGGUGUCCGGUUAUAUGCGUCUCUCGCGAAAAGUACUGCAAGGACCGGCAACCAAUUUAGUGCGUAAUUUAGACCGCUCGGGGCUCGCUGCUGGCAAUUCUCAACCCGUUCCUACAAGCAAUUCCAAUGACGGUACCGUUGGUGGAAAAUUGUAGCUUUAUUAGCAAAAUUAGAAAUUCAGAGACGUCGGUGCUUAAAACUAUACAAAAACUCUUUGUAAAUAUGCCUACAUUGUUUUAGGCCUAGGAAAUAAAACAGUGAACAAUCUAGCUAA